ACUCUGAAGUGAGGAUGGGAGGAUGUGAGGGGAUGGAGGAGAGGGAAGUUUCUUGGUGUUCUUCAAAUGUAUGUCACAGAAAAAUAGGAAAGCCAGAUAAGUGGUAAAUAUGUAUUAUAUGGGCACAUAUCCAAAUGUUUGUGAAUUUGUGUGUCCAGAAAGAAAACGUUUGACCUUACAACUGGGCCAGAGUUAUCUGUGAGAAGUAUUGAAGGAUCCUCAGGAAUUUGUGAGUGUCCCUGGGUUUCUCUGGAUACUAUGGUAACCACAACUCCCAGUUCAUGAACAUAUCCCCUUCUCUGAGCCUUGGGAAGGAGAAGAAGAAGGAAGCCAUGGAAAAGGCAAAAGGAAGCCCAAAGGCAGCCUCAAGGGCCAUAAAGUGGAGUGUCUGAAAGCACACCUUCACCAGCUUCCUUCUUUGGCAGAAGCCAGUUAAUUUCUGAUGUUCCAGAAUGGAAUGGAACAACGAGAUCAUACCUCACCAAAGGUGUAGGCAUGUCUCAAGACCAUUUCCUCUCUGUGAGGGAGCAGUGGGCAGGGUGAGAUGAUAAAAGUAGAGGGAAGGCAGUUCUUCCCAAAGCCCAGACCUUGAAGUGGAUGCUGAAGGUAUGGCCGUGCCUUAAUUUUGUCUCUCCUUCGUUUAGACGGACCUCUAGUUCAAUGGGAAACUUCAUCGGUCAUGUGUUCCCUGGGCUGUUUCUUGUCUUAUAUGGACUGCAUCAGGCAAUAGUGGUCUCCAAAGCUGUGAUAUUCAAUGACUCUCUCCUGUAUCCUUCGUACCCUCCCAGGAAUAAAGGGAGAUGGGCCAUGCUGUGGAAAAUAUCCUAUGUAGGAUUGUUGAAGAUGAUGGCUGGCUCUUUCUUGAUAGUUUAUGAGAUCAACUGCGUUAAAGGAGGGUUGAUACUGAUGAACAGGGACAUGCCACCAAGGUUUAUGUAUCCCAAAGAGUGGCAGCAUCUCACCAUAUUCAUCCUCCUUACCCUCAACGGUUGUGUAGACAUCCUGAGCAAGAAUUUACUGCCUCAGAGGUGUGUGGUCCUGGAGCUAGGUGUCCGGAUCCUGACAUUCUACGUACUUCUGCUGCUGUUGGUGUCACAUACUCAGGGUACAGUAGGGGUGGAGCUGCAGGUUCACUCUCUGCUCAUCUUGGUGGUGUUCCUGCUGAUGCUGGUGUUGACUGCAGAGCUGUGGGCUCCUGGCAUGUUUCACCUCUGGUUGAUUGAGACCUUUCUGUUUUUGAUGAUGGGCUCCUGGCUGGUUCAGGCAGGCUUUAUUCUGUUCAAACCAGUCUCCAGCUACCCAUGGCAGGACGAUGACAUGAGUGACAUCAUGUUUGUCACCACCUUCUUCUGCUGGCAUGUGGUGAUCAAUGCCUUAUGGCUUUUAGGGAUCUAUGGCUUCUCUUCCUUUUGGUAUCGUUGUUACCAUCCUAGCUUGAAGCUGACGGGGUUCAAAGAAGCUCCAUAUCACGCCAGCCCUCCAGGACCCCUCUACAAGUUGCUUCAAGAAGUGGAGCAGUCAGAGAAAGAUGACCAGGCUCUCCUCCUUCCAACAAGCUCACCCUGA